AUGCCUGACAUAGACCCCAUGCUCGUGAAGCACGAUGCUGAGCAAAUUGCCGAAGCAGUCGAUGUUGUCAUGCAGCAAUACCCUUCGCCGACAGCUGAUGGUCAAGACAAUGGUCCCUUCUAUAAUACCAACCCACGUGAGGAUCAACAAACACAAUCUGAAAUGGAGCAGCACAACGAGGACCAUGACCAGCUGGAAGAGCCUCCCACGCCUCAGCAGCAGCGAACCUUCACGAGUGCGGAGGAACUGCAGCUGGCUGCUCAAUUAAGCCAGGGCCUCGCAUCCCAUAAUCUUACCGACCCCAACAUGAUGGACCCCAAUGAGGAGUCAAACUUGCAGCAUCCAUACGGGCCGCCUCAAGCACAAAUGCAGACCGAUCAGCCACUGCACCACCACGAGACCCAGCAGCAACCACAAGAUGAACCGUAUAGGCCACCUCAGGCACAGUACAUAUCCGAACAGCAACAACAACAACAACAACAACAACAACAACAACAACAGCCGCAGCCGCAGCCGCAGCCGCAGCCACAGCAGCAACCGCACUUGCAACCUUCUGCACCGCUGAAUCACCUUCCGGGCCAUUUCCAGCACUCUCCUGUUGACAGCAUUCCACCACGGAAGCGCUCCAAGGUGUCUCGGGCCUGCGACGAGUGUCGACGGAAGAAGGUGAAGUGUGACGCUCCUUCGGAAACCGGAGAAGAGCCCUGUUCCAAUUGCCGUCGCUCCAACAUAAACUGUCUUUUCAGCCGGAUUCCCCAAAAGCGUGGUCCGAGCAAAGGAUACAUCAAGGAGCUGGCGGACCGAAUUCACCACAUUGAAGGGAAGCUGGCAAGCGAAGGCGGCAACAUCGACGGUCUCACCGAGCUUCUCAAUGGCACACGGAGGGAAUCGGCUGACAUCUUCCCACCUUCGGGGCAGUCUGAUGAGAAUAGCCGCAAGAGACCAUUCUCGAGUAUCUCAGGUAAUGACUUUGGUACACCGACUGCGUCUCGUCAGCAAAAUUGGAGCUCUGAGCCCAGAUCAAUUCAAGCUUAUCAGACCCCAAAUGCUCGCUUUAACCCGAAUAGCCUUGCGCCCACUCCCACAGGACCUAAGGAAUCAGAAACUGUGUCUCGACCACCAGCUCUGAUGGAUGGCGUGCCUGCGGACUUUGUUCCUAUGGGUCAAGGCCGGGAUAUCGAUGAGGCGGCGUUCAAUGGUUACCUUGAUGUUAUUCAUCCGUAUUUCCCAUUACUGGCGAGUAAUAAGGCACGGGCGGAAGCACAACUCAACCAAUGUCCAACAUUGCUGCGUGACGCCUUUCUUGAAGCGUUUUAUGGCACCAUGCAAUCAUUCCCCUCCUUCACAGCUCCAUAUCCAAACGGAGACCUUGUGUCUGCCUCGCGAACGCUCAUAGAUUGGGAGGCUGAUCCGGGACAACGAACACAGAUCACGAAUCUCGUGCACCUGCAGAUACUCAUUCUAACCGCCAUCUUGACCGACAAUUAUGGUCCGGCAUCGCUGAAGGGGGAGCACGGUGGCCCGGCCAAGUCUUCCAUCCUCGGCCGUGCUAUUGGCCUGGCAUACUCAAUGAGAUUACAUGUGGCUCAGGUUGAUGCAAAUCCGGGCGCUGACAGCGACUUCGACUCGGAUGAGAAUGUGGCGAUUCGAGCUUGGUGGACCUUGAUAAUGCUAGAUCGGUGGAACGCCAUUGGGACCGCUAGCCCCUUGUUGGUUCCGAACGACAGUGUUGUUAUCCUACCCGGGUUGAAACCCCUUCUUGGAGAGACCGCAUACCAUCUUGCACGUCUUUGUAACAUACUGAGUCGUUUUGCACUGACGGCACUAGCCUCUCCAAGAGCAAUGUCGUUUGAGUCUGGGUCAGCGCCUCUCCUCAACACCUGGAUCGACGUGUCAAUUGAUCUGUUCCGUGACAUGCUUCCAGAAAACAUCACUCCAGAUGCUCAUCCCGUUCUGCAUCUUGUGUUUUGGCACUGCAGGUCACUUCAGUAUCUUUUACACUCUCCUGCCAAGCUCAAUGAACUUUUCUGGUCUUGCAAAGAAUCAGUCGGCCUGCUUUUGACGAAUUCGCAGCUCAUCAGCCCGCUGAAUCACCACCUGUUCUGCUUGACGAGUUUCUCACUGCUUGAGUUGAUCAAGGUCGAGUUCACGAAGGAAGAAGCGAUGGCAUACUCAUCUUUGCUCCUGGAUUCCCAAUUGGCACCAUCAACGUGGGACGCGGCCAUCAGAGAUCGAAUCGCUGAACACGUUCGGCCCACCACCGCACAGGCUGCGAUGGAAGCGACAGCUAACCAAAGUCUGCAACAUCUAGCUGACUUGGCGACGGCAACCGAACUUGAUGCCCUCAAGGGGGAAAAGCAGCCGGAGCUUCAUUCGAGCGAGGGCCAGAACGGCGUUGGCAUCGACCCGCGGCCUUUGACAUAUGGUGGAUACUUGAAUCUGCUCGCAGAGCCACGGCCAUUCUCGGCACGAUAG